AUGAAUGCUGCCACCUCGCCAGCUGAAGCGGCCGCCGUCAUGUGUGUGGGUCAGAAGGAGAAGAAGUGGGAGCACGUGAAGAACAUCGAGAAGCUGCCCUCGUCUUCCUUUGCUCCCUACGUAAAACGAGGGGCUGCUCUGUCUCGUACGAGGAGGAUCUCCCCAGGUGAAGUUGGGCUGAGCGUCUCCGAAAUCCGAACUCAGCUGGUCGAGCAGUUCAAAUGUCUGGAGCAGCAGUCGGAGUCGCGUCUGCAACUGCUGCAGGACCUGCAGGAGUUCUUCCGCAGGAAGGCUGAGAUCGAGCUGGAGUACUCCAGGAGCCUGGAGAAACUGGCUGAACGAUUCUCCUCCAAGAUACGCAGCUCCAGAGAGCACCAGUUCAAGAAAGAUCAGCACCUACUUUCCCCUGUGAACUGCUGGUACCUGGUUCUGACGCAGACCCGGCGAGAGAGCAGAGAUCACGCCACCCUGAAUGACAUCUUCAUGAACAAUGUCAUCGUCCGGCUGUCGCAGAUUAGUGAGGAUGUCAUCAGGCUCUUUAAAAAGAGUAAGGAGAUUGGCUUACAGAUGCAUGAAGAACUCCUGAAAGUCACCAACGAGCUUUACACGGUGAUGAAGACCUACCACAUGUAUCAUGCAGAAAGCAUCAGCGCUGAGAGCAAGCUGAAGGAGGCGGAGAAGCAGGAGGAAAAGCAGUUCAACAAGUCAGGGGACAUCAGCGUGAACCUGCUGCGGCACGAGGACAGGCCUCAGCGGCGGAGCUCCGUCAAGAAGAUUGAGAAGAUGAAGGAGAAGAGACAAGCCAAAUAUUCUGAAAACAAGCUGAAGUGUACUAAAGCCCGGAACGACUACCUGCUGAACCUGGCAGCCACCAACGCAGCUGUCAGUAAAUACUACAUCCACGACGUCUCUGACCUCAUUGAUUGCUGUGAUCUGGGAUUCCACGCCAGCCUUGCUCGGACAUUCAGGACAUACCUGUCUGCCGAGUACAACCUGGAAACCUCCCGCCACGAGGGCCUGGACAUCAUCGAGAACGCCGUGGACAACCUGGAUGCACGGAGCGACAAGCACACCAUCAUGGACAUGUGCAACCAGGUCUUCUGCCCUCCGCUGAAGUUUGAAUUCCAGCCUCACAUGGGGGAUGAGGUGUGUCAGGUCAGCGCCCAGCAGCCUGUGCAGACCGAGUUGCUGAUGCGGUACCACCAGCUGCAGUCGCGACUAGCCACCCUCAAGAUAGAGAAUGAAGAGGUACGAAAAACUCUGGAUGCCACAAUGCAGACUUUGCAGGACAUGCUGACGGUGGAAGAUUUUGAUGUUUCAGACGCCUUCCAGCAUAGUCGCUCCACUGAGUCGGUCAAAUCAGCUGCAUCAGAGACCUACAUGAGUAAAAUAAACAUCGCCAAGAGGAGAGCCAACCAGCAGGAAACCGAAAUGUUCUAUUUUACAAAAUUUAAAGAGUAUUUGAAUGGCAGUAACCUUAUCACGAAGCUCCAGGCUAAACACGACUUGCUGAAGCAGACUCUUGGAGAAGGUGAAAGAGCCGAAUGCGGAACAACCAGGCCCCCAUGUCUUCCCCCUAAGCCACAGAAAAUGAGGAGACCUAGGCCUCUCUCAGUCUAUAAUCAUAAACUCUUUAACGGCAAUAUGGAAACGUUCAUUAAGGAUUCAGGACAGGCUAUUCCACUUGUAGUAGAAAGCUGCAUUCGUUACAUCAAUUUGUACGGCCUUCAGCAGCAGGGCAUUUUCAGAGUUCCUGGCUCCCAGGUGGAAGUCAACGACAUCAAGAAUUCGUUUGAGAGAGGUGAAGAUCCCCUUGCUGAUGAUCAAAAUGAACGUGACAUUAAUUCAGUGGCUGGAGUCUUGAAGCUGUAUUUCCGAGGACUGGAAAACCCCCUCUUUCCUAAGGAAAGGUUUCAAGAUUUGAUAUCUACUAUAAAAAUCGAGAAUCCCACCGAGAGAGUGCACCAGAUCCAGCAAAUCAUCGUCACUCUGCCCCGGGCUGUCAUCGUUGUCAUGAGAUAUCUUUUUGCUUUCCUUAAUCACUUGUCGCAGUACAGCGAUGAGAACAUGAUGGAUCCCUACAACCUGGCCAUCUGCUUUGGGCCCACUCUGAUGCACAUUCCAGAUGGGCAGGAUCCGGUGUCCUGCCAAGCCCAUGUCAAUGAGGUCAUCAAAACCAUCAUCAUUAACCACGAGGGCAUCUUCCCCAGCCACAGGGAGCUGGAAGGACCUGUCUACGAGAAGUGCAUGACUGGAGGGGAGGAGUACUGUGACAGCCCGCACAGCGAGCCAGGCACCAUUGAUGAGGUUGACCAUGACAACGGCACGGAGCCACACACCAGUGAUGACGAAGUGGAGCAGAUUGAAGCUAUAGCAAAGUUUGACUACACUGGACGAUCUCCACGAGAGCUCUCCUUUAAGAAAGGGGCCUCACUCCUCCUGUACCAUCGGGCAUCAGAAGACUGGUGGGAAGGGAGACAUAAUGGUGUGGAUGGCCUCAUACCCCACCAGUACAUUGUGGUGCAAGACAUGGAUGAUGCGUUCUCCGACAGCCUGAGCCAGAAGGCAGACAGCGAGGCAAGCAGCGGACCGCUGCUGGAUGAUAAAGCCUCCUCCAAGAACGACAUCCAGUCUCCGACGGAUCAUAUUGUGGACUAUGGCUUUGGGGGAGUAAUGGGCCGAGUGAGAUUGAGGUCUGACGGUGCAGCUAUCCCUCGCCGUCGAAGCGGGGGGGACACCCACAGCCCGCCCCGAGGGAUGGGUCCUGGCAUAGACACUCCUCCUCGAGCAGCGGCCUGCCCUAGCAGCCCCCACAAAAUACCUCUUAACAGGGGCAGGAUUGAGAGUCCUGAAAAGCGCAGAAUGGCGACAUUCGGCAGUGCAGGCAGCAUCAAUUUCCCAGACAGGAAGGCCUUGUCUGAUGGCCACCCGCUGAGAUCGACCUGUGGAUCGACUAGACACAGUAGUCUCGGAGAUCAGAAAUCUCUAGAAGCAGAAGCACUUGCUGAGGACAUCGAGAAGACCAUGAGCACAGCGCUGAAUGAGCUGCGGGAACUGGAGAGGCAGAACACAGCCAAGCAGGCCCCUGAUGUGGUCCUGGACACGCUGGAGCCCAUGAAGACCCCGCCGAUGGGCGCCGCCAACUCAGAGCCUGCCAGCCCCCUCCACACCAUCCUGAUCCGGGACCCUGAUGCCGCCAUGCGGCGCAGCAGCAGCUCCACCACGGAGAUGAUGACCACCUUCAAGCCGGCCCUGUCAGCCCGGCUGGCUGGGGCUCAGCUGCGGCCCCCGCCGAUGCGGCCGGUGCGGCCGGUGGUGCAGCACCGCUCCAGCAGCAGCAGCAGCUCGGGGGUGGGCAGCCCUGCCGUCACCCCCACUGAGAAGCUCUUCCCCAGCAGCUCGGCGGAUAAAUCAGGCACCAUGUAG